CACACACACACCAUGUAUUAUCUUGAGUAAGUUAGAGCCGCAUUCAGUCUGCCGAUGAACUGCAGAGAGACAACAUAAUAACGCAGACAAACGAUAGGGCAAUGAGGAAUUUAAAACCAUAUUUCACCUCUUUGCUGAUUCUUACCAUUCAACUGUUUCAACUAUCAAGUUCAUCUGCCGUAAGAACUGGCGUUGAAGAGGUUCAGGAGCUCCUGAACUUGGGUGAUGGCAUCGAUUUCCACGGGGCAUCGCAGUACACAAUCCUCAUGGGAUCUUCAGGCGUCGGCAAAAGCACUUUAGCCAAAUUCCUUAUUCAAGAUCCCACCCUGACGGUGAUUAAAAAGGGUCAGAACUUCCUUUACGCAGAUAACGACAAUACCAUCAGCACCGUCACGCGGAAAUCGAAAACUCUGCUUCCAAAUUACUACAAAGACAAUGAGACAGGUCAGGUGAUUGUUGAUUUGCCGGGAUUCAGCGACACAAGAGAGCCGCAGUACGAAAUUGCCGCAGCCUACUUCAUUAAAACUGUGCUGGAGUCUGCGAAGAGUCUGAAACUUAUUUUGGUUGAGAACAUGUUUAGUUUGACAGAGGGUGAAGAUAGAUACGGACUGAACAGACUUGUUAAACACGUCGCUGAGCUGAUUCCUGAUAUGGCCCAAUUUGAAGGACCUGUCGGCGUGAUUGCCACAAAGGUUAGGCUCAACGGAUUGUCCGACGAAGAAAAUGUGGCAGACAUACUGGAUUUUUUACGUUCUUUUGCUGACGAUGUUGCGAUCGACGACGAUGAUGACAGUGAAAAAGACGAAGCUUCGAAAGCAAUCAGCAGAAGCCAGUAUCAAGUACUGAAAAAGAUGAUUGGGCAAGGAGAUGGUGCCAACUUUGGACUAUUCUACAGGCCAAACAAAGCAGGAAGUCCGUGGGAAUCGUACUUGGGAAACAAAUGCUGGACAUCGCUGAGGCGUCUGAUUUUUGACGAUCUGCCGUUCAGGCAAGUACCAGCGGAGGUCAAAUUUAAAUACUCGCUUUCAGUGGAAGGCCAAGUGUUCGUCAAGGAAAACCUGCUCAACACGACAAAUGAUCGGGUGUAUACUGAAGUGGAGAACAUUUUCAAAUACUUCCAAAGAAACUUGGAGCUCAAGCUUGAUGUUGCGAACACCACCGGUGAAAAAUCUGCUAUUGCAAAGGUCAGUAAUCAAGAAAUCAAAUUGUUUGCAACAAACUUGCGCAAUCUUGGGGAUUUAGUUCCCGACCUCAAGAAGCUUCAGCUUUUGAAGAAUCAAGAUUUUCACAACAUUAGCUACUUGGUACGAAAAGCAGAAUUCUUCCACGGAGUUGUUGAAAAAAAUACGCAUUCGGUUGUUGCAGAAAUCAAGCUUGUUCUAAAGCCGUAUCUAAAAAAGGCUCUGGAUGCCGCAAACUUUUACAGUUUUUUGGCCGAAUUGGAGGUUGAACUGGACACUUACUGGCCACAAUACAACAGAGCAGACCUGAGCAAACCACUGACGCAGACAAACUUUAGGAAAAUCAUUCUAAACGCUGAAAAAUACAAUCUGAAAAUCUCCGACAAAGACUCACUUUACGCCGUGGUUCCCACGAAAGAAAUGAUCGACGACCUGAACAGAAUUUUAAGCAAACACUUGGACUACAAAAUCUACUUCAAGUCAAACGAAUACGACCUGGUGAUCGAAGGGCAGCACAUCCUCAUCAGCGAAAUCAAGAACAAAAUGAAUGCCUCGUCGAGAAACCAGCUGAAAAAUAUUUACAUCUACGGACACAAAAAGAUUUUCGUAGAUGAAAGCUUCACGGUGCAAAAUGCAAACUUGUCCUUCGCGUCUCCAGUGAUCGAAGCGGUGAUCAAGGUGCCUGGAAUUGUUCCUGUUAUCAAAACGAUCGGACUCGACUCCACGGAAGUGAUGCCACAAGCUCCAAGAUGCAAAACACCCGGUUUAUUUGGCCAAAGAGGACAAGCAGGCAAGGCUGGCGGCAAGGCCGGAAAUAUUCUGAUUGCUGCUCUUGAGAUUAAAUCACCAGCGAACAUGGCAAUCGAGAGCAAGGGAGGCAAGGGUGGACCAGGCCAGAGAGGCGGUGACGGAUGCGAUGGGCAAACAAGUCCCAUACCGGAUUAUUCUCCGGCGGCUCGAUUUGGCGAAUUCCACGACGUUUACAACCACUACAGCUCUCGUGGCUACACAGUAACAGUCACCAACGAACGAGCCGUGCAGCUGUCAAACUACAGACAAAAUAUCUACCCUACCCAGGGUGGCACCGGCGGCGAAGGCGGCCCUGGCGGGCAUCCAGGCUCGGUGCUGAUACGGACGAAAGAAACCAUUGACGGACUGAUAAGCCAAAUCCUGUCUUUCGGUGACUCUGGCGAGGGUGGAAUAGGAGGCACGGGGGGCAGGGGCAUGGCGCGGUGCUCAGAAGCGCAUCUUUUCUGCGAGAGGCAUGAGGAAAAGAAGAAGCGAAGUGGAUUCAACUGGGCGCGAUACAACUGUCAGUGGUUCAAAAGGGAGUGCGACAUCAUCGUGACGCACACGUGCAGGUACGUUACCGCAAAAUUGUGCCCUGAGAUGACACCUGCCGCCAGCAAGGGCGAGAAGGGAGGACGCAGCAGUUUGGCCUCAAACAGACCACUGCCCCCGCAGGAAACCGUUGACACGAGCCCACUCAAGGCGGAAGUGGCUGCACUCGCCAGCGUGGUCAACUCUCCUCAAUUGAAGCAACUCGAUACUUUCAUAAAAAGUGUGCUUUAAAAUAAACAAUUAAAGUCCCAUAUUGAAAAUUU